AGUUUUACAGCUGCUUGAGCUUUGGGCAGAUAAACCAAUAAAUUUAAUUUAAUUGUUAAUUAAAAUUAAACUAUUUCGAAAUGGGCAAGGCCAUGUCUAUGGUGGCACGCAAAGCUAAUCGUUUUAAUGUAGAGAAUCGCGCACAUCGCGUGCUAGAACGCGAAAAGCCGACGCCGGCACCAAAAUAUGAGUCCAAUUUGCGCGACAUGGAAAGAACAUUGGAAUUGGAUCCCAAAUUUGUGGACAAACUCAACAUAAAGGACGCUGGCUUGGACACACGACUAAAAGAUGUUUAUGUAACAUCGCAGGAUCAAUUUAUUCAACGCGUUUUGGACCGUCAAGAAGCUACUACCAAAGAAGAACGACCGCUGCCUUUGGAGCGCACCACACCUGAGGAUUUUGAGUAUGGUUAUAUGGAACCAACACGCACCUCACAAGGCCGAUGCACUCUGCGGCAGGCACUGCAGUUCAUCAACGAUCAUCAGCUAGAUCCCGAAGAGUGGACAGCUAAGAAAAUAGCGAAUGAAUACAAAAUAAAGGAGUCGCACGUCGAUAAUAUACUUUACUAUUUCAAGACGUUCAGCGUCUAUAUUCCUGAUCAGAAAUACAAGGACAAAAUGUUGACGCAAUCUAAACCAAAACUUAUACAGGAUAAGCCAAGUAUAGUGGACAAUGAUAGUAAAACUUAGUUAGAAUGCAUAUUCGAUAGAAUCGAUUGUCGUAAUAGUUAAAAUACUUGUUAUUAAU